CCUAGCUGGGGAGUGACCUGCCUGUUGACAGCGCUGUUUUGGGGAGGGCUGGCUCCGUGGCUCGGGCAGACGGACUGACUGCCGGGCGGCUGGCUGCACACCCGGAGACAGGCAGGCAGAGACACUGCAGAAGGUGAGUGGAACACCAAGAAGAUUGCCUCCUGAAUGGUUGAAAUUUCUCAGGAAAGCAUUGAGUGACGCCGUGCUGCAGGAGCCAUGUCGCUGCCAUUCCGAAAGGAGUUAGAAAAAUAUAAGAAUAUCAAUGAAGAUGAAAUUCUCAGCAAACUAUCAGAGGAAGAGCUGAAACAAUUGGAACAUGUUCUUGAUGACCUUGACCCUGAGAAUGCACUUCUGCCGGCGGGCUUCCGACAAAAAGACCAGACCAGUAAAGCUGCCACAGGCCCUUUCGACAGAGAUCGACUCCUUUCAUACUUGGAGAAGCAAGCACUGGAACACAAAGACAGGGAAGACUUUGUGCCCUUUACAGGGGAGAAGAAAGGAAAAAUAUUUAUCCCUAAAGAAAAGCCCAUAGAAACCCACACCGAGGAGAAGGUAACCCUGGAGCCAGAAUUAGAAGAAGCCCUGGCCGGUGCCUCUGAUACUGAGCUCUAUGACCUUGCAGCUGUUCUUGGGGUGCACAACAUGGUCAACAACCCACAGUUUGAUGAAGAAGGAACCAGCAGUAAAGAUGGAAAAGGAAGUGUGAGAAAUGUGGUCAAAGGUGAAAAGGUCAAGCCAAUUUUCGAGGAGCCACCGAAUCCAACUAAUGUGGAAGCAAGUUUGCAAAGGAUGAAAGCAAAUGACCCUGGCCUCCAUGAAGUCAAUCUGAACAACAUAAAGAACAUCCCAAUUCCGACACUGAAAGAAUUUGCCAAGGCUUUGGAAACCAACACCCACGUGAAGAAGUUCAGCCUCGCAGCCACUCGAAGCAAUGACCCUGUUGCUGUUGCUUUUGCAGAUAUGUUAAAAGUGAACAAGACACUGAAGAGUCUAAAUAUAGAAUCCAAUUUCAUCACUGGGGCUGGCAUUCUGGCACUGAUUGAUGCACUAAAAGAGAAUGAAACCCUGACAGAGAUCAAAAUUGACAAUCAGAGGCAGCAGCUGGGGACAGCUGUAGAGAUGGAGAUUGCCCAGAUGCUUGAGGAGAACUCCAAGAUUCUCAAAUUUGGAUACCAGUUCACAAAGCAAGGUCCAAGAACCAGGGUAGCUGCAGCUAUUACUAAAAAUAACGAUCUAGUUCGUAAAAAGCGAGUGGAAGCAGACCGGCAGUAGCCAUGCCUUGGAGGAUGCGAAGAGGUAUUGAAUGCAGCCGACACAACGGCAAUCUCACAACAUCCACUGGUCAGAAGGGAAGACACUGGAAAAUCAUUGUAAUGAAGGUUGCUCAUUUCCGUUACUCUCCCCUUUAACCACUAACAUUGUUAACUUUCAUAUUUAGUUUAAUGUUUAUGAAAAUAUGAUUGUGUUAUUGGAAUAUAUGAAGCUGAUAUCCACAACCUAGGGGUAAAAUAUGUCUUAAUGAGCAUCACCUGGAAUCACAUUGAAUCUUUUGUGUCCUUUUUUUAAAACUCUGUUAAAAAACGAUCGUUUUACAUUGAUAAAGGAUUCUCUAUAUACAAUGGGGCUUUACCACCCUGUCCUGCAAUGCCUUAAGCAUGUGAAUAAUCCUCACUUGUGAGAGUAGUUCCACUGAAGUCAAUGGACUUCUCAGGUGAGUAGAGACUACUUAUGCCAAUACCGGUUUGCGGGAUCACACCCUUAGGCCCCAAUCCUGCAUUCAGAUCUGUGCAGUUGGGACUCUACACUUGUACAGGGUUCUGCCUUUGUGGAUCCAGAUGUAGGAUGCAUUUGUAAGUAUUGUCAAAGCCUAUUGUUUACAUGUGUUUAAGCUAGGCUGAUCGCGUCAUCAAUAUUACACUGACGUGUAUUCAUACUCCAUGAUGUAAAGUAAAAAUAUUAGUGUUGCCAAACCUAGAAUACCUUAACAUUAACAAUGUCACUUUGUUAUUUUUCUAAUCCAUUGAGGAUUUUAAAAAAAAAACAGAAUGCCAGGUUUGCAGCUAUAAAUCUCAUUAAUGGAAACCAGUAUACUGAGCAGUGCUCGUUUUGCUUUGAACCACACUGUUGACUGUUUUUUAAUGUCUGGUAUUUAUGUGCAUUUAUUAGUAUAAAUGACAGAAUUGUUCUCAGGACCGGUUAGAUAAAGAGCGAGUAAAAUAUUUAAUCCAGGGCGGCAGCAGCUCUACCCGGAGAUGGAUAACAAUCAGAAGAGUAACAUGUACCAAUCACCUCGUUUACGUUUUUAGCAUCUGAUUCAACACUCAUUCUCUGUUAAGCAAAGUGCUUAAGCCUGUGCCUGAUUCCAAUGGGACUUUAGCAAUAUUGCUGAAGCACUUUGCUGAAUAAGGAUGGACGUAAGUACGUGUUCCAGUGCUCUGCUGAAGCAGGGCGUUAACCCAGAAUUCUGCACAUUGCGCUGAACACAUGGAAGAUACUUAUGUAGCAGCAAUUAAACCCAACAACAUUAGAAUGAAUCAGUGGGGUAUUGUGAAAUGAUUGUGUGAAGCGUUUAGUUUGCAAUAUAAUUUCAUUGUAUUGUGUAUAGUUUUAUAGCAUCAGACAUUAAUUUCUAGCCAUAUAUAUGUAUAUAUAUAUUGUCUUUGCCAACAUCUGAGUCUGUUAAAUAGCCGGGGGUUCACUUUGAUCAUAUUUAAAUGUAAUGCAAGAAUUAAGGAAGGAUGCUAUUAACUGGUUUAGCUAUACUCAUUCUUUCAGAAAGCUAAAGGUGUUUAAUUGGGGCCAACAACCUGCGGUACCCUUGAAACAUUAGCCUCUCUUCCCUCUUUCUGACCUACACACGCCCCAUCAUUUGUGCUGGCAAAAGAGUUCUGGCCAGGGGAAUAUGGAAAGGGAACGAAUGGUGCUUUGAACCCGCAGAAGACAUUGGGCUGGGGUCUGUUAAUCAGGAGGGGAUGGAGUCAGGGGAGCAGUCAGGGUGUGUGGGAUAUUCCCCUCUGAACCUGGCAGAUUCCUGAACAGAAAUCUGCCUGCGAGUCAGUGCUGCUUCAGAGAGUAUAAAUUCACGCUCUAUCUGUCUAGUCUAUGUCAUCUAUGCCUCUUUUAAAAUGGGUGGGACCUAUGGCAGCACUGCUCCUGAGGGGUGCAGUGUGGGAGGGCUGGAUCUCUGCACUAUGGCCCUGGUUGUAUAAAGCACUUAAGCACAUGCUUAAGUCCUAAUGACUUCCAGACAAGCAUAAGUGCUUUGCUAAAUCAGGGCCUAAGAGUAGUAUCCACAGUACAGCCAUCUUCCCUGAGGAAUCUAGGGUUCUGAGGGGCUUUCAAGGCCCUCUCCCUCCUCCAGUGUAGGGUUAGAAACGCCUCCUCCUCAAGGGAAGAUUGGGAAAGAAAUUCUAUGAGAGGACCUUAUGGAAUUACCAGAGGGUUUUCCCCACCCCCAGGCAGGAUUUGCUGUGAGAAUGGAUAUCGACCCACAUAGUCUUAAAAAAAAGGGAGACCGAAUUCCUUCACAUGGUCCGGAUUGUGCAUACCCUUAUGUGAGCAGUCCUUAAAACCAAUGGGGCUACUUGCAUGUAUCACAACUACUCUCGCAUGAUUGUGGGUUUGCAACAUCAGGCCCGGUAUGGGGGAAGGAAUUUGAUUCAAGUAUCCUUAUCCCCAAAGCCAAAGAUUUCUGACAUGGACAAUCUUCAGCCUGAAAAGAAAUUUGUUCUGACUCCCACAUUUUCCCUAUUCCCUUCUUUAGGUUUUUUUUUUUUUU